AUGCCAUAUAAGCUGUUUAAGAAACUAGGCCUAGGUGAACCCCGUGCUACUAGGAUGAGUCUUCAAUUAGCUGACCGAUCUGUAGUGCAUCCUAGGGGCAUAGUGGAAGACCUUCUGGUUAAGGUUGGCAAAUUCAAUUAUCCUGUUGAUUUUGUGAUUUUGGACAUAAAUGAGGAUGUGAAUGUGCCAUUGAUACUAGGAAGGCCUUUCCUGGCCACCGCCAAGGCCCUCAUAGAUGUGCAUGAUGGGACCUUAGUUCUGAGGGAUGGUGAGGAGCGAAUAACAUUUUCAAUUUCUAAUACACAUCCUGCUUCCUCGCCUUUGCAUGCUGUAUCUCACCAGGAGCACGAGUCUGUCGUGUAUCCUCCUGUGCUGCCUAUUUUGCAGGAUCCGCCUCCCAUACCUUCGCCGCCACUCCCGUCCAAUCCGUCAUCGAAGGAACAAAUCAGGGAGGAGUGGCGGCCGAAACAGCAGGCAGCUAAGCCUGCUCGGAAGAAGGCCGGAGACCACUAUGAGCUGGUCCCGCCCCCACCUUGGCCAUCCGAGUAUUCACUCGCUUGCAUCCUGCCGGAUGGCCAAGUUGAAUUGGCAAAUGCUGGUGGCCACAUUCGGCGGGUACAUGGCCACCAGUUGAAGUUGUACCUCAAGAGCGAGGUGGAUCCGCUCUUGAAGGCACCUGCUCCUUCACCUCACUGA